CCCACCCCGCCGGGGCGCGGCCUCGAAGGCGCAGCCGCUCCGCGCAGCGUCCGCACCCCGCGUAGCAGCGCAGCAUGGAGCGCCGGGUCGCCCGCGAGUUCCGGCACAAGGUUAAUCUGCUAAUUGACAAUGAAGCGGAGAAGGAUUACCUUUAUGAUGUGCUGCGGAUGUACCAUCAAUCUAUGAACCUUCCAGUGCUUGUGGGUGACCUAAAACUCGUGAUUAAUGAACCAAGCAGGCUACCUCUGUUUGAUGCUAUCCGCCCACUUAUUCCAUUAAAACACCAGGUGGAGUAUGAUCAGCUUACACCCAAAAGAUCAAGGAAACUGAAGGAAGUGAGAUUGGAUCGUUUGCACCCUGAAGGACUGGGAAUAAGUGUGAGAGGUGGAGCGGAAUUUAGCUGUGGCCUCUUUAUUUCCCAGUUAGUUAAAGGAGGACAAGCAGACAAUGUUGGACUGCAGGUUGGGGAUGAGAUAGUUCGUAUAAAUGGAUAUUCCAUCUCAUCAUGCACACACGAGGAAGUCAUAAACCUCAUUCGCACAAAGAAAAUAGUGUCCAUAAAAGUGAGACAUGUUGGAAUGAUACCAGUCAAAAGUUCAGCAGAUGAACCCCUUAAAUGGCAAUAUGUGGAUCAGUUUGUGUCAGAUUCUGGGGAAGGAAAGGGCAGUGUGGCUGGUCUUGCUUCUUCUGGAGGAAGAGACAGUAAAGAGAAGAAAGUCUUCAUUAGCUUGAUCGGCACAAAAGGCAUGGGAUGCAGUAUUUCCAGUGGUCCAACACAAAAACCAGGCAUUUUUGUCAGUAAUGUUAAGCCGGGUUCUCUUUCAGCAGAAGUGGGCUUAGAGGUUGGUGAUCAGAUUGUUGAGGUGAAUGGUGUGGACUUCUCGAAUGUGGAUCAUAAAGAGGUAGGAUUAAAAUUACUUAAUUCCAUUAAUAUGUAAUUGUCAGUUUUUGUUUUUU